AUGUUCGAAAUGAUUAUGAGCAAGCUGAGUAAAUUGGAUAUUAUUGAUGGCUGUAUGAUAUUGAUGGAACAAGAACUGAAGGACGUAAAAGAAUCAUUAGAAUAUGUAUAUGCUGAAGUUGAGAAGAAAGAAGAAAGAAAACACAGAGCUAUGGAAGUCAGACUUGGAGACGAAAGAAAGAUUGGCGAAAGUAGAAGAGUAGAAUUCAGCAUUAAAUAG